ACAAAUUUAGUUUCAAGUACAUCGCGAUUUAUCAUUGCUGAAAAAGCACUGUAAUCGUAAGUGGGUGAAGUUCGCGAUAGCAAGGUUACACGGUUACAGUGGCCGGAUCACUGGAUACUCCUAGUCACUAGUCAGUCAGUACUGGCACCUCCACCAUGCAGUGUGUUAUCUUUCUUGUCGUGUUAGUCACCCUGAGUGUCUGCGAUCCUGCAACAUGUGUGGAGCAAACAGGACCCCUGAACCUGGCGUUCUCGAAGAUGGCCGUGUACAACGAAGAGCCGUGCCUGCAGGCGGGCGGCAUGUGCUUGGAGAAGUCCGAGUGUCCCGAAGGGAAGCUGACAGAACAGAAAGGACUAUGUCCUGAACAGCAGAAGAGAGACGUCGAAUGCUGUCUUGAUGUGUCUACGUCCGUGAAAGACUGUGCAGGACUGGGCGGCCAGUGCAGAGACUCCUGUCCGGAGAAUAUACAAAUAAGUCGAGCUGAGGAUUGUGGCACUCAGAUUUGCUGUGCUCUUGUUAAAUAAACAUCGUUAUUAUUU